AUGUUUCUUCUUCUUCUUAAAGAAGGAAGUUCUUCUUCUUCUUCUUCUUCUUCUUCUUCUUCUUCUUCUUCUUCUUCUUCUUCUUCUUCUCAUAACUAUUCCAAUUAUCCCUCUCUCUCUCACAUUCAUACUAUAUCUCUCUUGUACAUUUGCUUCAACAUACUCUCUUCUUUCUUUUUUUUUAUUCAUUUCUUUCUCUCUUUCUCUCUCCUAUUCAUAUUUCUCUACUUCUUUCUUUCUUCCCCCUUUCCUGUUUCCCACUUUCUCUUUCUCUCUCUCCCUCCAUUUCAUUUUCUGUAUUCCUCUGUUCUCCUCUAUUUAUCCUUCUUUCUAUUUCCUACUUUAAAAUACAACCCAUACUCCUCUUCUUCUCUUACUCCUCUCUCUUUUUACCACACUCUCUCACCUAUAGCUGUUUCUCUCCUUCUUUCUUGCUUUUUCCCUCUUUUAUAUUCCCCUCUCUCUCUCUCUCUCUCUCUCUCUCCCGUUCACUUUCUAUCAUCUCUCUCUCUCUCUCUCUCUCUCUCUCUCUCUCUCUCUCUGCUUCUCUCUCUGCUUUUGAAACUGGAAAUCAUUCAUCAGUUAUUGCUUUCCUGUCUAUUCUAUUUUCCAUACCAAAUUCUUUCUUUCUCAUUUGCUAUAUUCUUUCUUUCUUUCUUUCUUUCUUUCUUUCUUUCUUUCUUUUCUUUCUUUUUUCAUUAUCUUUUCUUUUCCCUUUCUUUCUUUCUUUCUUUCUUUCUUUCUUUGCUCAUUAUCUUGUUUUCAUUUCCCCUUUCUUUCUUUCUUUCUUUAUUUCUUUAUUUCUUUCUUUCUUUUUUUCUUUCUUUCUUUCUUUCUUUCUUUGCUCAUUAUCUUGUUUUCAUUUCCCCUUUCUUUCUUUCUUUCUUUCUUUAUUUCUUUCUUUCUUUUAUUAUAUUCUUUCUUUCUUUCUUUCUUUCUUUCUUUCUUUCUUUGCUCAAUAUCUUGUUUUCAUUUCCCCUUUCUUUCUUUCUUUCUUUCUUUCUUUCUUUUUCUUUCUUUCUUUCUUUCUUUUAUUAUAUUCUUUCUUUCUUUCUUUCUUUCUUUCUUUGCUCAAUAUCUUGUUUUCAUUACUCCUUUCUUUCUUUUCUUUCUUUCUUUUAUUAUAUUCUUUCUUUCUUUCUUUUUUAUCCAGUAUUCCUUCUAUCUUUCUUUCUUUCUGUCUUUUUCUUUUUUGCUACUUUCUUUCUCAUUGGCUGCAGUCAUUCUUUCUUUCUUCCUUUCUUUCAGCUUCGCUGCUUUUUUCUUCCUUCCAAUUCUUUCUAG